GAAGGUUCCUGAGGCUGAACCGGCCGUUUCCGGAAGCCGGCAGCCGCCUCAGCCAGCAGACCGGUGGUUGCGGAACUGGGGUUGUACGCGCAGCCUCUAGCUCUUCACUGGCUUUGGACCCGACCUUUACCGGUGCGGAAAGAAAAUGGCCUUGCUGUGCUACAACCGGGGCUGCGGGCAGCGCUUCGAUCCCGAGACCAACUCCGACGAUGCUUGCACAUAUCACCCAGGUGUUCCAGUCUUUCAUGAUGCCUUAAAGGGUUGGUCUUGCUGUAAGAGAAGAACGACCGAUUUUUCUGAUUUUUUAAGCAUUGCAGGCUGUACAAAAGGCAGGCAUAAUAGUGAGAAGCCACCUGAGCCAGUCAAACCUGAAGUCAAGACUACUGAGAAGAAAGAACUUUCUGAAUUGAAACCCAGGUUUCAGGAGCACAUCAUUCAAGCCCCUAAACCAGUAGAAGCAAUAAAAAGGCCAAGCCCAGAUGAACCAAUGACAAAAUUGGAAUUAAAAAUAUCUGCUUCCCUAAAACAAGCACUUGAUAAACUUAAACUAUCCUCGGGGAAUGAAGAAAAUAAGAAAGAAGAGGACAGUGAUGAAAUUAAGAUUGGGACCGCAUGUAAAAAUGGAGGGUGUUCAAAGACAUUUCAGGGUCCACAGAGUCUAGAAGAAGUCUGUGUAUAUCAUUCUGGAGUACCUAUUUUUCAUGAAGGGAUGAAAUACUGGAGCUGUUGUAGAAAAAAAACUUCUGAUUUCAAUACAUUCUUAGCCCAAGAGGGCUGUACAACAGGGAAACACAUGUGGACUAAAAAGGAUGCUGGGAAAAAAGUUGUUCCAUGUAGACAUGACUGGCAUCAGACUGGGGGUGAGGUCACCAUUUCAGUAUAUGCUAAAAAUUCACUUCCAGAACUUAGCCAAGUAGAAGCAAAUAGUACAUUGUUAAAUGUGCACAUUGUAUUUGAAGGAGAAAAGGAAUUUCAUCAAAAUGUGAAAUUAUGGGGUGUGAUUGAUGUAACAAGAAGUUAUGUAACUAUGACUGCAACAAAGAUUGAGAUCACCAUGAGAAAAGCUGAAGCUAUGCAAUGGGCAAGCCUUGAACUGCCUGUUACCAAAAAGCAGGAAGAACAAAAAGAAGAAACAACAGAAUGAGAUGACAGGGAAAGGAAGUUAUUGCCUAUUUCAGAAUUCCUGCUAUGUGGUAAAUGGUGGCUUGCUGCUGUCCUCUUUUGUUGUCGUUGUUGCUGUUGCUGUUGUUGAAUCUGGCAGUUCAGGGUCAACGGUAGGUUCUUAAAAGCCAAAGGCAGUUUAUCUUUUCGUGCCUCCCGUCUCCUUUUUGAGUUACCUAAGUUUGAUUAUUCAUUUCUCCUCACUUGGCAGAACUGUAGUUAUGUCCUAUACUUGAAAAGCUAGAAAGUAGCUCAUAAACAGUUACAGUAUUUCUUGGUAUAAUAUUAUGUUUAGCAGAGAAGGGUAAAAAAAACAUUUGUUCACAUCUCUUUUCUAUUAUCCCAUAAUUAGUAAAACAAGAUGGAAUGUCAGAUUUUUAAUUAGUUUUUCAUUAGUUUGUGUUCCUAUAAUACUUGAAAAUCUUUAAGAAGGAGAUGAAGCUCUGCAUUGUUUUUUCCUAGGGAAGGUUACUUUUUCUAGGAGGAAUAAUUCUGAGGUAGUGUAGUAGCUAGUUAAAGGGGAGUAUAUGCAUUGAAUAACAAAUUGGAAUUUGUUUACAGCUAAUUAAAUUAAAACAUAUCAGCACCUAUAUUACUUGCCAAGUGCUAUGAUUUAAAUGUAUAGAAAACAUUAUAAAUAAGAGUAGAGAGGUAUCAAUUUGGUUAAAAUUUGCCGUUUUAUUAAGACUAAGCAAUAAUGUUAAAUAUCUGUUUCCUGAUUAUUUUAUAAGGUCUUUGUAUGGUGUUAUGACUAAAUUGUACCUGAUUCUCAUAACCUACACCCUCUUAAAAUCUUUAAUUAGUUACAUGUAAAGAGAAAUUUUUAUAUAUGUUAUAAUUUUAUAUAUAUAUAUGUUAUAUAUAUAUAUAUAAAUAUCUGGCCUCCCUGAUGGAAAACUGUAUGUAUAAAACCAUAGAUUUAAAGGCUUAUGGAAAUACAUUACGGUAUCAAAAAAUGAAAUAUUUAAGCUUUGCUUUAUGAGAAAUAUCUAUUACAUGUUAAAUAAAAUAGCUGAAUUCUUUUGGAGUUUUGUUUUAGGCUUUCAUGAACAGCUUGACAAUGUUGAUUAUAUAUUACACUUCAUUAGAUACAGGUAUCAGAGACUUAGAUUGUUUAUGCUAAUUGAACCCAUUAAAGACAGUUUACUUUUUGAGGCAAUGCAGAGCUCACCAAGAAAACUAAAAUUAAGAAAUGUUUUGAAGGCCAAAGCUUUGGCAGGACUUAAGAAAUUUGGGUAUGAAUUAUGCUAAUGUAGAUUAAAAUAAUUAUUUCCCAAGCCCCUUGAGUGUUUUUUUUAUUCUUAUAACAAAAAUUUGCAUAAGUACAGUUUUAGAAGUAUAGGUUAAUAAAGAGUGUGUCUCACUCAACUAUCCUUUUAGCAAAUAACUACUAAAGGUAGUUAAGUAAUUAUUAAAUGAUUUAGCUCUGUUACAAAUAAAGACAUAAAAAAUCUGGCAACUGGGCUUGCAUGACACAUGGUAUUUUAAUGACAUGCCAUGUAAACAUUUUGGUACAAUUGGGCCAAAUAGAGUAUGUAAGUUUCUAGUACUUGGGGUUGUAUUUAAAUUUUUAAAAAUUAUCUUUCAUAAUUUAAAGACCUGGGUUCAUUUGGAGACAUAAAAUCUUGUUUAUUGUUUAGGGGAGAGGUUGAUACUUGAUUUGAUUUGAAGUAAUGAUUAAUACACCUUUUUUAAUGUUUUCUUCUUGAGACUUUUUUUCCCCUAAGCAGUGUCUUAAUGUGUUACAUGCAGUUGAACUAUUAUUUAAAGCAAGUGGAUUUUUCACCUGAGAGUUAGUUACAAAGCAUUAACUGUGUGUGUGUGUGUGUGUGUGUGUGCCUGUGUGAAAGAUGUAGCUUAUAUAGUUACAUUAGUGAUUAGUGACCAUUCUGUUUUCUCUCUACUCUUAAUGAUCCUCUGAUUUGUUGCCCAAAUAAAUAUCUAAAUAUUUUUAUCUUAGAUUCGUACAUAAAGGGACAGAGUUAUUAUUCAGUAGAGUAUGUGUUACUUUUAACUGUCAAGAAAAUUAAAAAUGUCAAGUUUGUAUCUCUAGAAAUAUGCUUUGUCUUUCUCAGCAUUCAGAGUACUUGUAGCAAAGCAGUCAAAACUAAGUUUAUUAUACACUUGGUAACUAAUCUGACAGCUUAAACUCAACAUGGGAAAUAGAAAAUACUAUUUUUUUCUUGUUCAGUACCUUUGCUAGUAUAAAGGUAGUAUGGUCCUAAGAGUUGAGCUUUUAUUUUUUUUAAACUCUUGAGAUAAUUUUAGAUUUAUAAGAGUUGCAAAAAAAGUACUUAGAGAAGUCUUAUUUUCUAUAGUAAUCUUUGCCUUGUAUUAAAAUCUUAUGUGACCAUAGAACACGUACAAAACUAAGAAUUAGUACAGUAGGUACAGUACUACUACCUAAAGCAGAACAUUGAUUUUGACCAUCUUUUUUUAGUGGAACACUUGAAGGGUAGUUCUUAAAACCUACCCUAGUUUUCUUGUAAUAAUUUCAGAUAGUAACUUGUAAACCAUUAAAAAUAUAAAUUGAAAUCAGCCUACCUUAGAGAGCCAUGUUUAUAUAGGUCAGUGAUGUAACUUCUUGUGACCAUAUACUGGCAAAGGACUAAUGAUCUAUUUUAUCAUUUUAUGCUAGAGAUUUUAAUUCUUAUUAAGUGUAACUUGUUUGGUUUUCUUUAGACAAUUCUUUAACCAUUUAAGGGUGAAGAAAACCUUAAAGACUUGUUGAAAAUAUUUUAAGAUGACUUUGGGGUAUUGCUCUGCCACUCCUUG